CUCAUUAUAUAAACGCCCAAAGAUUCUUAUUCUCUCUCUCUCUCUCUCUCUCUCUCCAAAUCUCGGAAUCGUUAAUUUGUUCAGAAAUUCAUACUCGUUCGCGCAAAUUCUGCAAUGGAAGCGGCGCAGGUGGAGGAGCUAACGUCCGGCGCCAGCGGCCGAAUCAUCCCGGUCUUCAAAAACCUCCGCCGCUCUGUCCUAUCAUACUGCGCUUUCCGCCGCGCGAUCAUUUACCUCCGAUCGGUUUUCGUCUGGAUCGCCCUCCUCCUGUUCCGCUACCCGACCGCGCCCUCUCCUCCGCCGUCCCCCUCCGUGGCCGCCGCCGCCGCUUCCGGGAGACGGCGGAAGUUCGCGCUGCGGCGGGACGAGGAGGACUCUCUCUGGCGUAGAUCCCUUGCGGAGUCACUGGACAUGGUUCCCCCGGCGGAUGGUGCUGAGGGAAGCGCCAGGUGCGAGUGGAACACGUUUUUGUUCCAUGGAAUUCGACGCAACGCCUUGUUUUGCCGCUCGUGGUUCCCUGUUUCUGGUGAAUUGAAGGGUGUUAUGAUCAUAGUUCAUGGACUCAAUGAGCAUGGUGGCCGGUAUGCUCAAUUUGCUCAUCAGCUAUGUUCCUACAACUUUGGGGUCUAUGCAAUGGACUGGAUUGGGCAUGGCGGUAGUGAUGGACUGCACGGAUAUGUACCUUCCUUGGACAAUGUGGUUGCAGACACUAGGGCAUUCCUGGAAAAGGUGACGCAUGAAAACCCCGGGAUACCUUGCUUCCUUUUUGGACAUUCCACCGGAGGAGCUAUUGUUCUAAAGGCCGCUUCAUCCCCUUCCAUUGAAAAGAUGGUUGAAGGAGUAAUAUUGACUUCCCCAGCUUUGCGUGUCAAGCCUGCACAUCCUAUUGUUGGUGCUGUUGCGCCGUUCUUUUCAUUUGUCGCGCCGAGGUACCAAUUCAAGGGGUCCCACAAGAGGGGGAUCCCAGUUUCAAGAGACCCCGCGGCACUCCUGGCCAAGUACUCCGACCCGUUGGUUUACACCGGGCCUUUGAGGAUCCGAACGGGCCAUGAGAUUCUGCGCAUCACCUCAUACCUGAUGCGCAACCUCAAGUCCGUCACCGUCCCGUUCUUCGUCCUCCACGGGUCCGCUGACCGGGUCACGGACCCGCUGGCUUCUCAGGACCUGUACAACGAGGCUUCUUCCCCGUUCAAGGACAUCAAGCUCUACGACGGUUUCCUUCACGACCUUCUGUUCGAGCCCGAGCGCGAAGACAUUGCUUGGGACAUCAUCAAUUGGAUGCACAAGAAACUCAAGUCGAGAAGCUAUGUCGAAUGAAAGGUUCUCGUCAGUUUUAAGGUUAGCCAACAAAGAUUGAUUAUGUGUCAAAUCGAAUGCCACGUGGCUGCAUGUGAUUGGGAGAUAGGCAUGGAAGUGGACCCGGAAGGCGUGCGAUUUGACACGUGUAGGAACAUGUUUUCCAUUGGAAUUGUUUGAGUUACUUUACAACCGAACUAAAAGGUUCAAUUCCGUGUCUUUAUCAUGGAAGAAAAGGUUCCAUAUUUA